CAGUCGCCCGUGAGCGAGCUGACCACACCUGAGGACCAAACGAAGCAAGAGGGGGCCGGCGACCCCCUCACAUCCCCCCCACCUGCUACAUCCUUCCCCCCUGACCCCUCAGGUGGUGACCGGCCUGACCUUUUUGAGUCUUGUGAGGAACCCUCUGUAGGUGGUUUCUCAUCUGUGCCUCUGGAGCAGCCCGCUGAGGGGGGAGGCACGCAGCAGGUCAGCACUGACGCCAAGGACCCCCCACCUACCCCUCCCACCACUCCUUCUGUUGGGUCUUUGGUAGAGAUUCCGUUAAUUGUGGAUACAGACCAAGACCUUCAGCCUACCACCACCACUUCCUCUCCCUCCAACCCAGAUUUCACUCUCUUUGACACACUCCCCAACACUUCCGAAGCCCUUAUUUCCUCUCCGGAUAUACUGUCCCCACCUGCCACCUCCACCACCACCUCUACCCCCACCACCUCUGCACAGGAGCUCUCAGCCUCACCUCCAUCUUCCAGUGCACUUCUUGAUCUCAGCAUGACCCUCCCGCAGGAGCUGUCGUCAGAGCCUCCAGCCAACCUGGUAGAUGCACCCUCUGUAGAGCCUGCAGUUAUGAGUAGCUUUAUCACACCUGCGGAGGAGGCUAGCACUCUGGAUGCCGCUGCUGCUACUAAUGACGAUGAUGAUGAUGAUGGCACCAACCCCACUAAUCUUGCUGGCAAGGACCCAGCAUUAAGCUCUGAGGAAGAACUAGUUACUGUUUAUGAUAACGAGACCCCUGAUGAACACAGUUCUGGCCGAGAGCUUGAUGCUGAUUCUUCCUUGCUCAAUGCACCCUCUUUCCUUGGUGAUGGGGAAACUACUGAAAUCUCCCUAGAUGAUACUGCACAGG